AUGGGCAAGGAAUCCGGCAACACCGGCUCCUCCAGCUACACCCCAUACACCGUCAACAACAGCGGGACCAACUCUCAGGGCAACAGCUAUGACAAUCGCUCCCAGCCCGGCGGCAAUGCAUAUCACUACUCCAAUUCCAAUGGCUCUUACUACUAUUCGAACGCCAACGGCUCCUCUUACUACAACAGCGGCAGUGGAUCCUCGACGUACACUGCUCCCAACGGGAACACGUACAAGAAGUAG